AUGAAUCCAGAAGAACGACACAUUUUUUCCGUUUUGGUCGAAAAUCGAUUUGGGGUACUCGCACGUGUGGCAGGACUUUUCAGCGGGCGCGGCUUUAAUAUUGACAGUCUCAACGUCGCCGAGACGCAUGACAAGAGCAUUUCGCAGAUAACCCUUGUCACGCACGGCGAUGCCCAGAUUAUUGAACAGAUUUACCAUCAUCUAAACAGACUUAUUGACGUUAUUGAGGUAACAGACCUUUCCACCGACACCCAUGUUGAACGAGAACUCGUCCUCAUCAAGAUUGCUACCGAUAAUCCUCAAAAACGCGCCGAGAUUCUGCAAGUCUCGGAAGUUUUCCGUGGGCGGGUUAUAGAUAUGAAACCUGCUUCACUUGUCCUUGAAAUUACAGAAAAAGGAACAGACGUUAUGGCAACGAUUUAUUACGAUAGUGAUGCCAAUUUUGAUUUACUGAAACAGCGCACCGUCGCUGUCGUCGGCUAUGGUGCGCAAGGACGCGCGCAAUCUCUAAACCUCAAAGACAGCGGGGCGAAUGUUGUCGUCGGGUUAUAUGAAGGCAGUCAUUCAAAAGCACGAGCGGAAGCCGAAGGCUUGACCGUCAAGACCGUUGAAGAAGCCGCAGCGAUGGCAGACAUCAUUCAGAUACCACGGGGUCUCGCGCGCGAUGUCGCGCUUGCUUAUGCGAGAGGCAUCGGCGGUACGCGUGCCGGCGUCAUCGAAACCACGUUCCGCGAGGAAACCGAAACCGAUCUUUUCGGUGAGCAAGCUGUUCUGUGUGGUGGCACCGCUGCACUCAUUAAAGCCGCUUUUGAUACGCUCGUCGAAGCGGGUUACCAACCUGAAAUGGCUUACUUUGAAUGCCUACACGAACUCAAGUUGAUUGUCGACCUGAUUUAUACGGGUGGAUUGAGCAAGAUGCGCAAUGAUGUCAGCAACACCGCCGAAUACGGCGAUCUAACACGCGGUCCUCAGGUUAUUGAUGAUAACGUCAGGGAGAAGAUGCGCCAAAUCUUGAAGGACGUUCAGGGGGGUGUCUUCGCACGAGAGUGGGUAUUGGAAAAUGAGGCGAAUCAACCCGUACUCGGCGCACUCCGCCGACAGGAAUCGGAAUUGGAGAUUGAAGAGGUCGGCAAAAAUCUGCGCAGCAUGAUGAGCUGGCUUGACGAAUAA